GCUUUCAGGUCAAGGACUGCCUGGACAUCGAGGCCGAGGCGAAGAUGGGCACCAAGGUGCAGGCAGACGCCAAGUACCACGCCUGCCAGGAGGCCCGUGCCAAGCUGUCGGGCCAGCGGAGCUUCAGCCAGGAGUACAGCGACCGGCAGGUGGAGGUGACCGGGGGGCCCAUCGGGGCAGCGGCCGCCGACCUGCUCCUCUCGCCCGGGCAGGCCUCCGACUUCGGCGCCUGGCUCUCGGGCCUGGCCGGCCAGCCGGGGGUGGUCUACCACGUGCUGGAGCCCCUGCACCACCUGCUGCCGGGGGGUCCGGCCGAGCCCCGGCGCCGCCAGCUGCGCCGGGAGCUGGAGGCCUACAUCCUGGGCCACGCCGAGGCCGGGGAGGGCCGCAACUGCUCGGGCCGGUGCCGCCGCGGCUCGGCGCCCGAUCCCCGGCAGCCGUGCUCCUGCCGCUGCCGCCAGACCCAGGAGGUGGACGGCCUGUGCUGCCCGCGGGGGAAGGGCUGGGGCCUGCUGGAGGUGACGGUGACCCGAGGCCGGGACCUGUGGGGCGACUACGCGGGCAGCACCGACGCCUACGUGCGGGCCCGGUACCGCCCGGCGACCGGCCCCGAGCUGGUGGCAACCACCGCGGUGGUGCCCAACAACAACAACCCAGAGUGGGGGGUGACCCUGCGGCUGGGGGAGGUGCAGCUGGGGCCCGAGGAGGGGGAGGGGGGCCCCGGCCUGACGGUCGAGUGCUGGGACCGGGACCACGGCUACGACGACGACCUGCUGGGCUCCUGCCAGCCCCAGCCGCUGGCAGCCGGACGGCACCCCCACGUCUGCUACUUCAGCUAUGGCAGCCUCUCCCUCGAGGUGAGCCUGAGCUGCGGGCCCCACCUGGGGGGAAGCCGCUGCCGCCAAUACGUGCCCCAGCCCCCUCCCUCCGGGGCUGGUGGGGGGGGGGGGGCAGGGCCGGGGCGCUGAGGCUGAGGCUCUGAACCGCGGCCAACACCCCUCCAGGAGGCCGUCUGGCCCUCAAAUUCCCACCCUCGCCCUUCCCAGAGGGUAGGCCUCAGGCCUGAACCACCACACCCUCCUUCCCCAGAGUGUAGGCCUCAGGCCUGAACUACCACACCCUCCCUCCCCAGAGUGUAGGCCUCAGGCCUGAACUACCACACCCUCCCCUCCCCAGAGGGUAGGCCUCUGCCCCGAACUGCCACAAACUCCCCUCCAGGAGGAAGCCCUACCCCCAAAUUCCCACCCUCUCCACCCCAAGGGGGAAGGCCUCAGCCUGAACUACCACCCCCUUCCCCACCCAGAGGCUAGGCCUAGCCCUGAACUAUCACACCCUCCCUCCCUCGGGGGGGGGAAGGCCUCAGUCUGAACUACCAACCCUCACACACCCCCAGCCCAGGGGUAGGCUCCAGCCUGAAUUACCAUCCCCUCCCCCUCCCAGGGGUUUGGCCUCAGCCUUAACUACCACACCCUCCCCAGCCCAGGGGGUAGGACUCAGGCCUGAACUACCACCUCCUCCUCCACCCAGGGGGUAGGCCAGAGGCCUGAACUACCACCCUCUCCCAUCCCCUGCCCACAACCGAGGGGUUGGGGGAGGGGAGAGAAAGAGAGUGGUAGAUUUGGGGGUGGAGAGUUGACUGAGGGAGGGGACAAAGGCUGCCACAGCCAUUUCAACCAAACCUCGCCAUUGGGAGGAAAUAGGGGUGAGAG